AGUUUAGUACUGAUACAACCGCCGUUAGAGGGAGUUCGUGAACUUGACACUGGAGGAGCCAAGAAACACGCUCGCGGUAUAUCUUUCUCCCAUUUGAAAAUGUGAAAAAUUUGCGCGGAACGGAAAUUCUCGAUUUAAAUUCACCUUAGCGGUUAUUAAAAUGGUAUUGUUAGUGUUUCGUGAUGCCUAAGUGAUUUAAAAUGACUUCCUGGAUCGUCCUUACGGUUAUCCUAGUCGGAAUCGUCGCCACUAAUGCGGAUAAUUUAGCUUUGUUAUCAGGAACUCUGAGGACGUACCAGCGAGCCGGUUGUGACGAUGAAGUUGUGACUCUCCGAUGCCCCCCUGGAACGAGCAUCUCGAUCGAAAUCGCCCAGUAUGGAAAAUCAGCUCCGUCCAAAUCGUUGUGCGGCCCUAAAGCAACCCAAUCUUCGAUUUCCAAAACAUCCUACAAUUACAACGUUUCCUGUCUCUGGCCCAAUUCAUUACAGACCAAGUGGGAGGAAGUAGCUCAAGGAACAUGGGGGAGAUACUCGUUGUUGCAGACUGUGGUGGAGGCGUGCCAGAAGAAGCGUCAGUGCAAGUUUAAAACGUCCCCGAAGACAUUCGGCGGGGAUCCCUGUCCGGGUGUUCGCAAAUAUGUCGAAGUGGCUUAUAAAUGUAGACCGUAUGAGUUUCGAAGUAAAGUGGCCUGCGAGAAUGAACGAAUUCAAUUGAAGUGCAAUCCCAACUCAAGGGUUGCCGUAUACAGCGCCAGCUACGGGAGGACGGAAUACGAAAGCAUUCAAUGUCCCCAGCCCCAAGGCGUGCGCGAGGAGACGUGCUUGGUGAGUUACGCUACCGAGACUGUGAUGCAGCUUUGCCACGGCAAGCGGAGUUGUGAAUUAUCAGCCGACAUAAGUACUUUUGGCAGCCCCUGUCGGCCGGAGUCCCGCAUGUAUCUAAAAGUGAUCUACACCUGCGUUCCCCGGAAAGUACUCAAGGAGCAGUACGAGGGGCGCCUCGAACCUGACGAAAUUGAAUCCGACCAAGAGUUUGCCACCGACGAGGACGACGACUUCGAGCCGUACGAUGCCGGCAAUAACGAGUACAUCAGAGAGUCGGCUGCUUCUCCGCCCGCCUCCAACAUCGACGGCGUCGGGAAAGGGGAUAAUCUAACCAAGGACUCGCCCAACGUUAACGCUAAGAGUCCUGCACACAAGUCGAACGGACUUGAUCUUGCGUCCUUUCAGCCUUACACAACUCCUCGUACUAACCUGUUCCGCCCAUCCCGAGUUCCUGCCGUGCAGAAAGCUACUAAAGACAUGCAAGCCGACGAUUUCCCAGAUCCCAACUGCACGAUCACGAUCUAUGCAGAGAAAACUAGAGUCGUCGGAUUCAUUUCCGAAUGGAUAAAUGCGUACACGUUCAUUUCACAGAACCAAGAGCGGUUCUACCUGUACCUGAUUGUGAGCAUCGCGGCGGCCAUCCUCCUGUGUCUGACAGUGCUGGUGGGCCGGCUCCUGGUGCAGCGGCACCGGGCUCGGCGCGAGGCCAAGUUCCACGCCACCAACGUCGACCAUUCUCUGCCCAACGGGUUCACGGACGACAUCAGCGAGGUGGACGCGGACAUAGACUUGACGACGCCGCUACCGACGGUGGCCAUCCACUCGGCCGUGCCCGUGGGCAGCAUCGCCGAGGUGGUGCGGUAUCCCCACGUCCACUCGCACACGCUGCGGAGGCCGCCCCAGGAGACGGACGUCCCCCGGAGUCUCAGCAGCGGCUCGAACAGUCACUACUACUACGGGUGACCAGAAUGCCCGGGGCGCGGAUCGGCGGUGCCGACCUCCCCCACGUCCUCUGCGUGCCCGGGCCAACGUACCUAUUGCUUCUAGUGACGCUCAGUGCCGCGACCAGUGACCCAGACCAAAGAAACUCUUCUCCUCAAGACUUUGUGAAUUAUUUCGUUAUACCGCUCGGAAGAAUUGUAAUUACAAGCGCCAUUUCUUCGAUCUCGCGGUGCCAGGCACUCUAGACAGGAAACUGCCUAUGCCGUGAUACCCGCGAUUAAAUAAAUGCUCCUCCUGUUGAACCUUAUCCCCAGUAGAUAUGUUGUUCUUAAUUGUUAUUGUAUACUGUUCGAAGGUGGGUUGGAAAAAAACAAGGCUUGUAAUUAUAAUUUAAAACACUUUGUUAAUAUCUUAAAUGACUAAUUAAUAUCAAAAAUUGUUUAUAUACUAAACUGGAUCUUUAUAUAAAAAAGAAAACAGAGUACGUAUAGAUAUUAAAUACGUGUACACAUGUC